AUGGACGAAAGAGUUGUUGUAGGAGAUUUUUUAAAGGAUCCUCUCGAAAGAUUGGUAAACCGCGUGUCAGCCUGCCUUGUUCGUGAACCGAAGUACUAUGAGGACUCGACAAACAGGCUUAAAGAUAUCAGCAAUGAUAUGACAGAGGUUUCAUCAAUCGAUCCUGAAUUUAUAUGUCAGUUAGCUUACUUCACUCGAAAUCAUCUGAAUCUUCGAGCAAUGUCUAACUACAUAGUUGCAUGGGCUGCCAGCCACCCAGUAUGCAAAACAUUCCUUAAGAAAUAUUUCUCACACACCAUUCGACUCCCUGGAGAUCUCAUAGAGGUUGUAGAGUUUUAUCAGCUCAUAACUCAAGGCGAAGGGAACUCAAAAAUGCUGAAAAUCCCUAGAUGCCUUAGAGAAGUUAUUACCUCGAAAUUCUCCGAAUUUUCAGUUUACCAUCUCGGCAAAUACUGCUCCGAAGGCAAAAGAAAGCGCUCUUUGCUUAAGAAAAAUAGCAGCUCGAGAAAAGGUAAAAUCAGUAUGAAGCAGAUCAUCAGACUUUGCCAUGUAAAAUCCCCUGCUUCUUCUGUUAUGUGCGUCCUCGGCAAAAGAUAUCCUGAAAAUUCUGAUGUGUUUGCAGAGUCAGGACUCAAUGUCGAAGGGGAAUUCAAUCCUAGUCUAUCAGGAAAAAGGAUGAAAAUAGAAACUCCAGUCACAUGGGAAACACAAUUAAGCGCAGGCGGCAAUAAGCCAGAAAUCUGGGAAUCUCUAAUAAAGUCAAGAAAACUCCCCUUCAUGGCAAUGCUUAGAAACAUAAGAAACUUUAUCAUUACAGGGGUUGACCAAGAAACACACAAAAUAGUCCAAGAUAGACUAAGAGACCCAGACCAGAUAGAAAAAUCAAUGCUUUUCCCUUUUAGAUUUUUCUCUGCGUAUGAUGUUUUGAAGAUUGACUUAGAGCAACUUCAAAAACUUCAUGAUGACCCAACUUUUGAGCCGCCAGUUCCUGAAGGGAAAAGAGGACUGAAGAAGAAGUGGCUGAGGAAAAAAAUUAUUCCGAAAAAUGUCCCUACUCAGGCCACUAUUGAUGAAUAUAAAAGUGCUCUGGAAGAAUCAGUUAAGCUUGCAACAGCAUUAAACGUCAAACCAAUCAAAGGGCAUUCAGUCAUAUUUUGUGACACCUCUGGCUCAAUGAGAUGCCGAAUCUCUGGAGACAUGACAUUUGGGAGCGUAAGAUGCUGUAUGGAACUUGGAAUUUUAUUUGGGAUGAUGCUUAGACACGUAUGUGAGAGCUCCCAAGUAUACCUUCUUUCCAGUCCUAAGCCACCUGAAACCCCUACCUGUUGGCUUCCAGUUGAGCUAGAAGGUGACAACAUUCUCGACCAAAUGCAAACAGCAAUGACAUUAUCUGAAAAACUUGGUUAUGACAAUGACUAUCCUUUUGAUUGGUUUGACGAAAUAUUCUAUUUUUUAUUUAUAUUAUGAUUAACAAUAUUAUUUUAUUUAAAAUUAAUUUAUAAAAAUAUAGUAUAAUCGAAAAAAAAGUUCAUAUAGAUAACAUGUUCAUAUUUUCAGAUAUGAUAUAAUGCAUCAGAAUAAAUAGGUCUUUUUCUAUUUAAAUAAAAAAAUAGGCUAAUUUAAUUUUUAAUUAAUAUAAUUUCAACUGAAAAAAUGAACACUACCUUCAACCAAGAUAAUAGAGGUAGAACUGUCAGCGGAAUCCUAGAAAAAUAUAGGAACGAGGUCAACCCAAAUAUGAAAUACAUUACCAUUGAUCUUGCAGGAUAUGGAAGGGACAUGCUUGGGGCUGAUCUUGAAGACAGAGGAAAAAAUAUCGUGGUAGCUGGGUAUAGCGAUGCAGUCCUAAAGCUUGUGAGCGAGCUUCAGACUUCACAAGUCCAAGCUGUAAGAGAAUCUGCAUUAAAAAUAAGCUAA